CAGGUUUAUGUCGAUAAAAAUUUUUUUAAAGUUUUAAAGAUGAUAAAUGCCAGCACUUUGCAAGAUGGAUGGGAGCUGAGAAUGAGACCAUGUAAUUCUUAUCCUUUCUGUUCUCUUCUUAGGGCCUGGCGUAUCUCACUACCAAUGUCAGGAAAGGAUAUAAUAAAAGAGAUCAGAGGAAAUCAGGUGACUUUUCAAGAUUGCUUUGUUGCAGACAUCCUUCUCCUCCUGGGCUUUCCUUGGUUCACAAUACCUGAGGUUCCUGGCUUUUUACCCAUCUCUUCACCGCUUGGUAGUCAGUUAAUGAUACACUGGGAUACCUGUGCUCCAGCAUCUAUUGUUCUGGUGGCCGAUAUGGAGACCUUUCAGACCAACGAUGCAUUUCGUACGUGGACCAGAAUCAGAGUGCCUCCAAACAUCCUGACUGACGAAGAAAGAAGCAAUGUGUCUGAUGUGAACCUCUCCCGUGAUGGGGUAUUUUUUUUAAUAAAUGGUAUCCUCUAUCUAAAAAGUUCGACCAGAUUUGCAAAACUGGGAAGCAAGGAAAAUCUUCCUGAAGGUGAAAUUAUUGGCAUUACAUCAAGAAGAUGGUGUUGGCACAACUAUCUAUCGAAGGCUAAUAAAAGAAGCAGCAUGGCAAUCUGGACAAAAAAUGAACUUUAUCUUGGAUAUCCUUAUCUUAAAUUUGUCAAAAUAAUAGAUACUAAAAGACUGAGGGAAAUCCUACAUGUACUCCCGACUGCUACUCUGACUAUACAUAAUAUUGAGUAUACAGCACACCCUCUGGAAUUUGGCUUGUUCUUAAAUAUCUGUGUUACAUGUAAUGUCAUGAAAAAAAUUCACCUAGUGAUGUAUAAUGAAGAUUCAGAACAGUGGGUGCACAAAGACUUUUCAUUAAACGUCACGAUUGACAGUGUUAUAACUGCAUAUUUUCUGCAUUCAUCAAUACCAGAAUUAAUAGUAUGGGACAAACACAGGAUCUACUAUUUUUAUGACAAUUUCACGACAACUGGAGUUUUACAGACACCUACAGAAUUUGGGAAUCUGUCAAAAUUAUCACAUGACAGUAUUAUUCAUAGCAUUUUUAUAG